UCAGAGGGAGGGAACACAACCAGCUGCAGUGAGAGGAGGAGCAACACCGGGAAAAGACACGUCACACUCGGGAAACGAAAGUUAGGUGUGUCAGAGAGGCAGCCACACUGCAGUCGGGACUAGUCUCUGUUUCUGUCUAAAGAAAAUACAAACUGAGUUCAUCAGAUCUUUCUCAACAACACAGCACAGUCUGUCAAACACUGAUAUGGCUAGCUACCUGCCGUCUGAAGAUCAGUUCCUCUGCUCCAUCUGUCUGGAUUUGUUCACUGAUCCAGUCACUAUACCAUGUGGACACAACUUCUGCAAAAACUGCAUCACCAAACACUGGGAUAGAAGUGACAGGUGUCAGUGUCCCCUGUGUAAAAAAGAGUUCAACACAAGACCUGAGCUGUACAUCAACACUUUCAUCUCUGAGAUGGUUGCUCAGUUCAGAGAGUCUGCUCAACAGAAAGCCAGCAGCAGCAGCUCAGAGCAACACGUCUUCAAACCAGGAGAAGUUUCCUGUGACGUCUGCACUGAAACCAAACUGAAGGCGCUGAAGUCCUGCCUGGUGUGUCUGACCUCCUACUGUGAGACUCACCUGGAGCCUCAUCUGAUAAUGUCAGGCCUGAAAAGACAUCAGCUGAUCGACCCUGUGGAGAACCUGGAAGACAGGAUGUGUCCGAAGCACGAUAAACCUCUGGAGCUGUUCUGUAAGACCGACCAGACAUGUGUCUGCAUGCUCUGCACUGUUUCAGAACACAAGAUGCAUGAUGUGGUUCCUCUCAAAGAAGAAUAUGAAGGGAAGAAGGCUGCGCUAGGAAAGAAAGAGGCUAGAAUUCAGGAAAUGAUCCAGAAGAGACAACUGAAGAUUCAGGAGAUCAAACGAUCAGUCGACGUCAGUAAGGAAGAAGCAGACAGAGAGAUAGCAGAAGGGGUUCAGGUCUUCACCGCUCUGAAGGAGUCUGUUGAGAGAGGCGAGGCCAAUCUCAUCAACACGAUCGAAGAGAAGCAGAAAACAACAGAAAAACAGGCUGAACAUUUCAUCAAAGAGCUGGAACAGGAAAUCUCUGAGCUGCAGAAGAGAAGUGCAAAGGUUGAGCAUCUCUCACGAUCUGAAGACCCCCUCCAUCUUCUCCAGGGUAUCCAGUCCCUAAACAUCCAAUACCCAUCACCCACCAAGGACUGGACAAAGGUCAGCAUCCCUCCAUCAUCAUAUGAAGGGACUGUGAUGAGGGCUGUGGCUCAGGUGGAGGAGACGUUCAGUAAAGAAAUGAAGAAGCUUCUUGAGGCUGAGCUAAAGAGGGUCCAGAAAUAUGCAGUGGAGGUGACUCUGGAUCCUGAUACAGCAAAUCCUUACCUCAUCCUGUCCAGUGAUGGAAAACAAGUCCGUGAUGGUGAUGUGGAAAAGAAUCUCCCGAACAACCGAGAGAGAUUUUCUGAUAGAAAUAGUGUUUUAGGAAAGCAGAGUUUCUCUUCAGGUAGAUUUUACUUUGAGGUUCAAGUUAAAGGAAAGACUGAGUGGGAUUUAGGAGUGGCCAGACAAUCGAUCAACAGGAAAGGAGAUAUCACACUGAGCCCAGAAGAUGGUUUCUGGACUAUAUGGUUGACAAAGGCAAUAGAGUAUGAUGCUAUGGAAGAUCCUCCAGUCCGUCUCUAUCUGAAAUCUCGGCCUCAGAAGGUGGGGGUGUUUGUGGAUUAUGAGGAGGGUCUGGUCUCCUUUUAUGAUGUAGAUGCUGCAGCUCUGAUGUACUCCUUCACUGGCUGCUCCUUCACUGCGAAACUCUACCCAUACUUCAGUCCUGGUUCUAAAUAUGGCCGUAAAAACACUGCACCUCUGAUCAUCUCUCCUGUCAGCUAAACACUCAUCUGAUUUCAUGUAUUGAUUCAAGGGAACACAUGUAUCAAAACUAGGGAUGCACCGAUACAUCGGUGAGACAUCGGUUGAUGUUAGUCCUAUUUACCACCAUCGGCACAUCAGCAAAAUAAGGCACCGAUGUUUAUGUUUUGCUACGUGACCAGGAGAAGUCGCAUUAGCGUCGUUGUUUUUAAAUCUGACGGACCAAAUCUGAAGUCAGGGCAUCAUUUUAAAGGAUUAGAAAAGUGACUGUAGGUCUGCCGUAACUUUAAAGUCAUUCGGGGGGGGGGGGGCCUCUCCUCUCCUCACCCCUCCCCUCCCCUCCCCUCCCCUCCCCUCUCCUCUCCUCUCCUCUCCUCUCCUCUCCUCUCCUCUCCUCUCCUCUGUGAAGAGUUGCUGCUGCACGCUGCGCAUGCUGCAGGACUUCUGCCCCGUGUAGCGGGUGUCUGGAGGAUCUGUAAAUUAAAUCCAUUCUUCAGUGUUCUUGGGAGGCCGUCGUGUAUAUUUGUGACUUUGUUAUACUUGCUGCUACUCCCGUUAACUUCCAGAAACUUACUAUGGCUGGCUCAACCGCUCUCUCGCGCUUACACACGCACACACGUAUCCCCCAAUCUCUCUCUUAAAGGGAUAGGCUGCCUUAGUCUGCAUUGUGCUACCGUUACAGGUUACAUAGUAUAACAUCGGCAAAAAUGUUAUUCUUAACAUCGGUAUCGGCUUUCAUCUUAUUUUUCUACAUAAUAAGUAUACUGUGGUGAUUGAUUUACAUAUUGUUGGAUUCUUUGUGUAUACACCACAUAAGUGGAGGCAUUAAUCUACUCAACAAUUAUCUCUUCAACACUUUAUUCUAACACAUAUGGAGAAUAUCUGUACUAACGUUUUUAUAAAGCCACAGAUAUUUAGUGUAACUUCAAGAAGGAGCCAUUGUUUCACCACAUUUGUCGAGCUGAAGUUUGAAUCGAUGAGCAAAACACAUGUUUAAUGUCGUGUCAUAAAGGUUGAUUUAGGAGAAAACCCCAUUACGUGCCCCUAGUGUCUACAUAAUACAUAUGUGUGAUAGUUAUACUGCUUGAUAAUAUGAUACAUCCUCAUUUGAGUGGAAAAUUGUUGGUUAAUAACUGCUUCUUUGUAUUUUCACAUGCCAGGUUUUAUAGUGAAUACUGGUAAAAUCUCUUAUGAAUCAAAGAAACCUGUAAAUGUGUGAUUGUGAGUUAAAAAAACUGUCAAAUAAACUGAAUGUUGAACACAA